GAGCCUUUGUUCUUUUUUAAACAGGUAGAGGGUGGAAGGGAGGCAGGUUUUGUGUUCUGGGUUCCUCCAUUUUGUGUAUGGCGGUGUGGUUUGUGUGCAGGUUCUGAAUGGGUUCCAGUUGGCUUUCAGGAUUUUAUUUACAAGAAAAUUAUAUUAAAUAAGAACUAUACCUACCUUGGAGCAUCUCUUGGACAACUUGUUGUUGUUGGACUGCCACUGGAACUACAGAAUAAGCAUCAACAAACAAACAAACAGUCAGGUCUGUGAGGAUGAGAAGGUCUCCACAGUCUGGAGUCUGGUCUCUGACAGGCUCAACAUACCUGUCAAUCAACAGGGACUCCUCUACAAAGGCAAGGCGCUGGCAGGUAGGCUGAACAACACAGCACAGCACAGCACAGCACAGAUCACCCCUCAUCUCGCCCCUCACCUCACCCCUCCUCUCACUCCUCGCCUCACCCCGGGUCAGUGUGGCACAGCCUGCCUGCUCUUCUGAACAAACACUUCAGCCCUGCAGACGCAGUGAGAGUCUGGAGCAGCUACACAAGGUGAUGAAGUGACACUUUGAAUAUGGGGCCUGAUGAGAGAAGUAUCCUUUUCAUGUGGUUUUGGUUUUGCCGUUGUGAGCAGGUAUGGGAGACAGCACCGUGUCUGCAUGUGAAAUAACAAAGUCAUCGCAGUGGAGGGACUCUCUGAAGGCUGCUGUUUGUGGAUUUGUCUUGUAAUGUGAGUGAUCUACUGUACUGUGAUGCCACUGUCUGUACGCACGCUGCACUGCAGGGGAGACACCGCUGGCAUUCACAGGGCAUGCUUGUUCAUUUAAAGCACGCUGCACUGCAGGGGAGACACCAACCUUCUGGACAAAGCCAAAACAGAUAGAGGAGUGACCAAAGUGAUCCUAUCAUUUGAAAUCAACAACAAGGACCAGAAAGUCAAAGAGACAGCUAUCAAAAACCUACAAAGGAUGUACAGGUCAGCAAAGACAACCUUCCCAACUGCAGAAAUCAAAGUGCCACUGGUGAACUUCUCACGAGCACUAGACAUGCAGGCCCAACGGAACUUGGAAGAACUAAACGGAUUCAUCUCAGCCAACCUACCACACAUACCGCUAUUACCAACUGAGAAAUUUCAAGUAGGCGGAGACAACAUCCACUGGACAACCAACACAGCCAAAGAUAUGCUCCAGCACUGGUGCCAGCAUUUAAACUAGGAGACCCCACAAGCCCAAAUAUCUCCAGGGAGGGGGCAUCCAACAUAGUCAAUCUAUGUAAAUACUUCACACCAACAGAGAGUCAAAACAGCCUUUUGAGCAAAGGCCUCUCCUUCAUACCCACACCACAAACUGAAGCAAAACAGAAGCAGACACUGCGAGCAGAAACACAAGACUACCAUAGGAGGCUAAAAAUCGCAACCUUCUUUGAAGAGGAAGGAGACUCAAAUCACAUACCCUUCCUACCCAAAUCCAACUGGGAACCAAAUAACAACCAAGUUCCACAGGAAAUCACAGAGAUUAUUCUUGAAGAUCUAAAAACAAUACACAGCCUGAACCCAGGUAACUACAGAACAGAAGACAACCUAACAGCACCAGAAAGGAUUGCACUUAAGGAAUUACAAAAACAUACCGACAUCAUUUUCAAACCAGCAGACAAGGGAAGUUCAAUAGUAAUAAUGGAUAGAGAAGACUACAUCUUUGAAGCCAACAGACAACUAAAUAAUCAAGAACACUACAGGAAACUAGACGCACCAAUUUAUCUUGAUUCUGCUCAGGAAAUUAACACAAUAAUACAAACACUAACAGACCACAAAAUAAUUACUAGAAAACAGGCACACUAUCUCAAGGGGGCAGACACACCCAGAGCACGCAUUUUUUACAUGCUACCAAAAAUACACAAAUCACCAGAAACAUGGACUAUCCCACACACCAUACCACCAGGCAGACCGAUAGUAUCGGAUUGCAACAGUGAAUCAUAUAGAAUUGCAGAAUACAUAGACCACUUUUUAAACCCCCUAUCCACCAAACACACUAGCUACCUUAAAGACACAUAUGACUUCAUAGACAAAAUUAAAACACUCAAACUACCAGAAACAGCUUUUCUCUUCACAAUAGAUAUAGACAGCUUGUACACAAACAUAGAGACCAACACAGGCAUUGCAGCUAUCAGGAAAUGUCUAAAUCUAAAUCCGGAUCCAACCAGACCAGACGAGGAACUGAUCAAACUCCUGGAAAUCAGCUUAACGAAAAACGACUUUGAAUUCGACAACCAAUUCUACCUCCAAACCAAAGGAACAGCGAUGGGGAAACGCUUUGCUCCAUCAUAUGCUAACAUCUACAUGGCCGAUUGGGAAGAAACAAUCCUCCCCAGAUGCCCACACAGACCAACUCACUAUUUCAGGUACCUAGAUGACAUUUGGGGCACUUGGACACAUAGCAUGGAGGAAUUUACACAUUUCAUCUCGUUACUUAACACACACCACCAGUCCAUCAAGGUAAAAUACACCACACAUAACAGCAAAGUAAACUUUUUAGACACCACCACUUACAAAGGACCACAUUUUUCACAAACACACCAACUAGACACAAAAGUAUAUUUUAAAGAAACUGACACACACACUCUACUACACAAAACCAGCUAUCACCCUAAACACACGUUUAGAGGUUUAAUAAAAUCACAACUACUCAGAUUCCACAGAAUUUGCACACAACAUACUGACUUCCAGGCAGCUACCAAAGUUUUAUUCACAGCACUCAGACAAAGGGGGUACUCCCGUUCCUUCCUCAGAGGAGUAAGGAAAACUUUCUUAGAACAAAAGCCUAGAGACAACAAAAAGAUUAUUCCACUCAUAACUACCUACUCACAUUUUAGUGUGGCAGCUAAUUCACAGAUAAAACAAAACCUAACCAACAAAUUACAAGACACCAACCUUCUUACAGGACACAAGAUCAUCUCAGCCUACAGAAAAAACAAAAACUUGACCAACUAUUUAGUGUCCAGUAAACUGCCUUCACUUAAUCGCAAACCAACAAAAACAUCACGACACUUCAAGCAACUUUCCUCCCUCCGGAGCCAAUCCACAGGCAUCACAUACAACAUUCCACAAACCUUUACACAAAACAGCAGGAACUGCAUCUACGCAAUACAAUGCGAUACAUGCAAAAUCAUUUACAUUGGAGAAACAGGCAACACUAUCCGAGUAAGACUAACACAACACAUCUAUAAUAUCAAACACAAAAAAGAAUCACAAACACCUCUAGUAGCACACUUUCUACAACACAACUUGGAAUCUCUGAAAAUUACAGGGCUGGAGAGGAACCAGAACUGGACAAUCGGAGAAAGGAAAUGGAGAGAAAAAGACUGGAUCAACAAACUACAAACAACUUUCCCGCUAGGCCUGAACAUUAGAAUCUCCACGAUAGACCUAGACUAGAAAAGGAGCUCCAAAACAAAAAAAACAAAGAAAGAAAUCCAAAAAGAGCCAGAUGGCCAGUGCAUCUUUCUUUCCCUGAAAAACCAACCAAGUGUGGAGUUCUCAGGGAAACAAAGUUCCUACCUCAACCUAACCCUAACCCUAACCCUAACCCUAACCCUAACCCUAAACCCUAACCCUAACCCUAACCCCUAACCUCAAGCUUACUUCAUCUUAUCUCAUCUCUGCACUGUGAUGAAAAGUCUAUUUCUUGUACAAACAUUGUUAUUUUUUCAUGUUUUAUUUAUUUAUUUAUUUUAUUAUUAUUAUUAUUAUUAUUACUGGUUCCACACACUCACGAUGAUGUGGGCUGGCUGAACAUCAUAGUGGAGGCAAGGAUGAGAUCAUAUCAUUACAUUAGAUUACAGUAUAUUACAUUACGACCCUAACCAGCACAUUUAAGAAAAUGUCUGUGAUCUCGAACUCCCUGUUAUGAACGGGGGUCCAGGUUAAUCCAAAUCAUUUUAAAGGGCUGCUGAGCUGUCCAGAUUUUAAAACGAUAUGUUGGUUUGCCUGAAUCAGCAGUUCUGUUAAAUGACCACAAGAUGGCAGCAUGAGGCCAUUUUCCAAGCGCAGCGGAUUCUGAAAUGCUGUCCCAUGUUUAGUAAUGCAGGAGGCGCGGGCGCUGCUGUUUCUCCACUCCGUGUACUGUUUGUUCUCAUUUUAUUUCCGUAUUUUCUCAUUUGAUCUCUUCUAAAACUACAAUCCAUUCAAAGUGCGUCUUUUAAUUUCAUUAUUUUUAAUGUACUGGUCUCUCCCACAUGUUUUAUUUAAUUACAUUUUGGUCAAAUAUGACAUCAAUGAACUUUGUUUGCUAAGUUAGCAUCUCUCUUGUUGAACUUCCAUUAGUGCUUCAGGGCAUAACAUCUUCAUUAUUUCUGAAUUAUGAAGAAAGCGCAGGUCUUUCCAAAUCUCUCUCUCUCUCUCUCUCUCUCUCUCUCUCUCUCUCUCUCUCUCUCUCUCUCUCUCUCUCUCUCUCUCUCUCUCUCUCUCUCUCUCUCUCUCUCUCUCUCUCUCUCUGUCAGUGGAUGUGUUCAGAUCUUCAGGAUUUCCAUUACAUGAGAGUAGAAACUUCAUGUUGAGUAGCAAUUCAAUCCUAUCAGAUUCCGAGAUUUGGUUUUAUUGUGGAUUGCUGCUACACAUCUCGUCCCUGCCUGCCUAACAAACUGCAUCUCCUCUCUUUGAUUUCCACUUUCCAUCUCACUCUGUCCUGUCUCUCUGCUAUCCUCCCAGGUCCAAUCUGCAAACCAGGCCCUUCCUGCAUGGAAACAUUACAGAGCUCAAUAUUUUUAUUUAUUAAAUGGUUACUUCAUAGAAUCUAUUUUUGGCCAAAUAUUUAAUUUUUUCCCAUUUAAUCUGACCUUGUAUUUGUUCUGUAUAUUUAUUUCUACUGCAGCUUCUGCUUGGAUCAGUAGUGUGUUGUGAUUAAUCGAUACAAGGAGUUUCUUAUUAAACCAGACCCACGGCAUGACUGGAUUUCUCUGAUUAAGAGAUUUAAAAUAAUAAUUAACAAACACCACAGUUGUGUGUGUCUCUGUGUCUCUGUACAGCUGUGUGUGUGUGUCUGUAUAACAGUGUGCAUGUGCUGCAGCUGGGACUCUGUGUGUGUGUGUGCGUGCGUGCGUGCGCGUGUGUGUGCGUGCGUGCGUGUGUGUGUGCUGUAUUUGUGAGUCUGUAUAUAGCAGUGUCUGUGGGACAAGCUGCUGGUCUAUUUCACCAUCCUUGCAACCCCUCAGGUGCACUGCACAUGAAGAAUUCAAAUACUGGGGAGCAUUUGAGAGGCACUCCCCAACUGAGCCAACCAGAAAGCUGCUGAAAGUAUUGGCCUCUGAUUCUCUUGUCAGCUGGUUCAAAGUUAUGUUUUUUCCCCUCAUUUUCAGAAAUAUUGUUUCAUUUACCUUAUAGAGCUACUGUAUAAUACGGUUGGGUUUGAUAAUCCCUCCUCUCUUCAGUGGCAUGUAACCCUGCGUGCGUGUGCAGCCUCUGACAAGGGAAGUGAAUCUCAUAUACCAGGUUAGAGUGUGAGGCAGUCACAAGCAGACAGGUGGUGCAGUGGGCUAGUUCACUAACAUGCUGUGCUGUUCACCUUGGUU